AUGCCUUGUUUGCGAGGCAUCGAACUAUCUAUCAUCAUUCAACCAGAUUCGCUACCAUUACCAGAGUUUCCCCAUCCUGACGCUUCUUCAGUUCGCGUUGUAUCUCGAGGAGAAACUACGCAGACAGAAGAAAAUAAGUCGAGCCCUCAUGGCUCAGACUCGGCCCGUAUCCAAAAACUAGCUCCGAGGGCUUCUGUCUAUAUACCUUCUACGUCAGGCUCUCAGUUCUGGGUACAGUACCGUAUUCAUCGCAGCCCAGAGCCUUCGUGCUACCUUUUCCUCAAACUGUCCAUGAAUGGGCGUCAUAUCACCAGCUGUGGAAUAACUGAUGCCGCAUCAGGCACAAUCAGUAGAGCCCUCUACGAGCCAAGCGACAGAUGGCACUUGAAGCAAAAUGAAUUGCUGCUGAAAAGAAGCGGAAUUGAGUCUCGCUCUUUUUGCUUCUCUCCUGGCCCUGAUGCCGUUGCUGCAGCUGACGAUGGAGGCGUUAUCGAAGUUCAAGUCUUUCGGGCAAAGAGUCGUCGAAGAUGCACUCCUCAAUUGGUCCCCCACCGUGAUCAACAACAAUAUGGUGUAAUAUCGCCUUCAACAGGGCUCCUGGAACACCCUGAAGAUGCUGCUUACUAUGAGUGGAUUCUACACGAUGCGGUAGAAGCACCGUUUGCGACGUUCUGUUUUCAUUAUCGUGCGUGGACAUAUCUAUGGGGCCUCAAUCUCGCUACAGAUGACAGCAACUCUCCGCUUCACAACUCCAGAUUGAGGGAAAGGCUUGGAAGAAACUUACCCAAGUCUUCUGACCGCGAGACAUCGCCAUCAAAAGAUGAAGAAGUUUCUGGCGAAGAAUUGGACAUUGGGGAUUACGGUGAGGAAGCAAAUGAUGCUCGAGUUAUUGAAGCAGAAACGGCUCAUACCCGUUCUGAUUGGCAAAAUCAUGCGCCGCAGUAUGAAGAAUUCAAAUUUCCCAAGCCAAGCAACCGCCUACCUUCUCAUAGCCGGAAACCUUCCCUUCACUCAGCAGCAUCAUUCAGAGAGAUCCCAUGCUCGGGUGACCCGUUCAUCACAUGCUUGCUCCCACCCGUCAUGGAAGAAGAAGAACCAUUUACGAGUCCCUACAGUCCUCCUAGGCACGAAAUGCCAACGGCGUCUCCGACUCAUUCUUACCAUCGAGAGAAUGCUCGCUCACGCGUUCGCAGACCGCUGCCAACAGUGAACGAAGUGCCAACACUAGAAUGA